CAUUACACCUGUGCUUCCCCUCAAGAGAGUCACCUCCACCCCCGCCACCUACAUAAAAAAUUAAAUCAAAAGAAAAAAAAAAAAAAACAAAAAGCUUUAGCCUUAACCCAUCCACCUCGGUGAGGCUUGAGUGUUCCCCCCUUCGAUCGAAGCAGCAAAGGUUUGUUCUCUACGCUCUGUGAAUCCCUCCUCUGUAAUCUUUGUACUCCUCAAGGUUAAGAAAAGAAAAGAAAAGAAAAAAAAUCUCAUCUUGGGUCCUUUUUUUGAGUUUCGUUGAGCUGAGAAAAGGGAUUUCUUUUUUGUUUGUUUGUCUGGGAAUUUUGUUAGGAGCCAGAGAUUUCAGAUCAGAGAUCCAGAGCCUUUUUUAUUUCUGGAUUUUUGGAUUUUUUUUUCCUUUUUUGUUGUUGUUGUUGAUCAAACCAAGAGGGCCAUUUUCUCCACCCUCAAGGUUGAAUCUUUAGUUAUCUUUUUUCCUUCUUGUUGAUCUUUGAAAAAACGCAGUUACCAACUCCCCGGUUUCUUUGAUUUUGUUAAGAACCAGGUGCGUUGUUGCUUCUUCCAUUUCGAUUCCCCUGUUUUUAGAAAAGAAAAAAAAAAUCUCAUUUUUAUCUUUAUUUCCUCCAUCUAUUUUAGCUUUAUUUAGAUAUAUAUAUUUAUAUUGUAUUUUGUAUACAUGGCUGCGGCUAUAGAUAUGUGCAAUAGUUGGGGUGUAACAUACUCAGACCCUUUCAGUGAGGAGCUCAUGAAAGCGCUCGAGCCUUUUAUUAAUGGCGCUUCCACUAUCUCCUCCUCCUCCUCCUCCUCCUCUCCUUACUCACCUUCACCUUCUCCCUCUCCUUCUCCUCUCACCUAUGGUGAGCUCACCUCCUCCACCCCCUCUCCUCCGCCUCCUCUCUCCUCCCCCUACCCUUUCCCCCCGGUGAGCUCGCCCCUCUUCUACUCCCCAUCUCCCUCUUCGUCGUCGUCGUCGUCUCCGUUCUCGCAUCAAAAUCCGAUUUUUGAGUACGGAGCGGGGGCGUACGUGGGCCCGGUGGGGCUCAACCAGCUGAGCCCGGCCCAGGUCGAGCAGAUCCAGGCGCAGAUCCAGUUCGAGCAGCGGCAGCGGCAGCAGCAGCAGCCGCAGCAGCAGCGGCUCCUCGCCCCGCGAGGCCCUGGCUACCUCGGCCCGCGGGCGCAGUCCAUGAAGCACGGGGCUGCCGCGGCGGCGGCGGCGCCGGGGGGGAAGGCGACGAAGCUGUACCGCGGGGUGCGGCAGCGGCACUGGGGGAAGUGGGUGGCGGAGAUCCGGCUCCCGAAGAACCGGACGCGGCUCUGGCUCGGCACCUUCGACACCGCCGAGGAGGCCGCGCUCGCCUACGACAAGGCCGCGUUCCGCCUCCGCGGCGACUUCGCCCGCCUCAACUUCCCCGACCUCCGCCACCGCCACCUCCCCUCCUCCUCCCCCGCCCCGCUCCUCGCCUCCGUCGACGCCAAGCUCCAGGCCAUUUGCCAAACCCUCGCCUCCACCUCCUCCUCCGCCCCCGCCCCCAAGACCGGCCGGAGCGCAGCCGCCGCCGCAGCAGCUCCGCCGAGCUCCUCCGCCCCGGCCUCGGCGGCGGCGGAGGAGAGCUCGUCGUCGUCGGACGGGGAGGCCGAGGACUCGUCGUCGCCGGUGUCGGAGAUGGAGACCUUGGACUUCACCGAGGCGCCAUGGGACGAGUCCGAGAGCUUCUUCCUCCGCAAGUAUCCCUCCUACGAGAUCGACUGGGACUCCAUUUUAUCCCAAAAUUAGUAUAUUUUUUUUCUUUUUUUUUUCUUCGUCUUGUGGGAAUAUAAUUGUAUUUGGUGUAGUAGUAUGGUGUAGUUCUUAAUUAGUGGUUAUGGGCUUCUUCUGCAAAUGGGGUUUUAGACGUUUGCGGAGAGCUCUUUUAGGUCGAAGAAGAAGAAUCAGAGUCCUCUUUUAGGUUUUUUUUUUUUUUUUCCCCCCUUUCUUAAUAGUGGGCUUGGUAUGUAAUUAAUUAUUAUAUUGGGGUCACCUCCUCCUGGUUUUUGCUGGAUGUUUUUGCCUCAGCAUCACCAGCGAGUAAGGAGAUGUUUUAAAUCUAUUGUGUAGUUGUAAUUGUUGUGUAGCUGUGUAAUUAUUAUAUUGCUUUUAAGUACUUUUAUGGUGUUUAUGUA